UCACACACCUUGAACGUAGCAGAAAAAGAUGGCUGCGGCGUGUGGAGGUGCUGUGGGCCGACCACUGUGUCAGUUGCUGUCUUGUCUGAGCAGAACGGCCGUUAGUUACACAUGGCGUCGUCACUUCUCUGCUACGUCGCUUUGUCGAACAACUUUACAGACCCAGCGUGUAACGGAGAGCGCCGGUUCUCCGUGGACUUUGAUGGCGGCAGUGUGUCUGCAGAGGCUGCCGGUCAUUUCAGCGGACUGUCACCCGGUGGAGCAGCGCUUCAAACAGUUGACACGGCAGAUGGAGCGAGAGAAAAGUCUAUUCUCAGACCAUGAGCUGCGGCUGCUGGAAGAUGCCGAGAGGAUGAAUCGUAAACGGGCAGGCAGCUAUGACUCUGAUGAAGAGGACGACAACAGGGGCCAGGAUAUCGUCUUGGCUCAGGACCUGGAAGAUUCCUGGGAGCAGAAGCUGAAGAAGUUCCAGCCAGCUCCGAGAGUUAAAGCCGUCGUAGAUGAGGACUUGACUUCAGUGGAGCGCUGCCUGGCUGACUCACUGGUUCUUCUGGCCGAGCAGCAAGUCGGCAGUGAGAAGCUGUGGCUUCUACCCCAGGCUGAGUGGCAGGAGGGAGAUACCCUGCGACAGACAGCUGAGAGAGCCCUCGCCUCCCUGCCAGCAGCUGGUUUCAGUGCAACUUUCCUCAGCAAUGCUCCCUGCGGAGUGUACAAGUACAAACUGCCCAAAGCCGCUCGGACGGACAGUUUGGUGGGAACAAAGGUGUUCUUCUUCAAAGCCGUUCUGUCAUCCAUGAGCCCCUCUACAGCCUCCAACGCUCCUUUAAUGUGGCUGAAGAAAAGCGAGCUGCAGCGCUUUGUGAAACCAGCAUACACGAUGAAGGUCGAGCGCUUCAUCCUUGACCCGUGAAGCCUAAAACUGUUACGCGGGACAUUCAUAUUUAUGCGGCUCAAAAAGUUACCUUCAUCACUUAUCUGUUGUCUUGAGUCACAGAGAAUGUACAGUAUGUUUCACUGUCUAAAUAAACCAUUUUUUUCAUGUA